ACACACACAGCACAUACAAGAACUCCUCGACCCAAGUCUUGUUGAGUGCAAGCACAGAACAACUCCUAGACGAGAGAGCGCGCCAUGGCCACCCCAUCCAACCUCCAAGUUACUCCUGCUGCCGCGUUCACUGAGUACAAUGAACUUAACUUCCAAGGCCUGUACCUGUACAGGUACAUGCCCGGCAAUGCGUAUGCCAACCAAGCUGGGAUCAUAGACAACACCAAGAUUGGUAUUGGUGCCACCGUAGUUAACAACUGGAAUGUGUGGGACGGGACAGGAGCGGACGCAGAGCUUGUUGCCCGUGCACAAGGCUUUCAUAUCCAAGCCGGGAAUUGGGUCAAUUCCUUCAGCCUAGUCUUCGUGAAUGAAAGGUUCAGUGGGUCCACACUUGAAGUGAUGGGGAUAGUAGUUGAAACUGGGGAGUGGGCUAUUGUUGGGGGCACCGGUCAGUUUGCUAUGGCAACCGGUGUCAUCUCCAAGAGGUUGCUUGAUCACAGAAGCGCUGCCGAUGGGCAAAUCAUAGAGCUUACGAUCCGUGCCUUCUGCCCAGUGCUCAAGGAACCAAGGUAUCCAGUCACAAAAAUUGGGCUGUUCGGUGGGAGUGGAGGGUCAACAAUGGACAUCAUAGAAGCACCCAGGUCUCUCGAAAGCAUCACCGUUUACACUGGCUGGGUCGUGGACUCCAUUGCAUUCUCCUAUAUCGACUACACUGCCCAGAAGCACUCAGCUGGUCGCUGGGGCGGUCCCGGUGGAGAUCCUCACACGAUCAAGCUUGGCGAGUCUGAGGUGGUCACAGAAGUAUCCGGGACUGUGGGCAACCCCUACAGCGGUACCAAUAAGUUGAUAACCUCCAUCAAAUUCGUGACAAACCUUAACAAGACCUAUGGGCCUUGGGGGGACGGGAAGGAGAAGGAUGCUCCAUUCACCAUCCCCGUGCAGCCAGGCAAUGGCAUCAUGGGCUUCUUUGCACGUGGUGGGGAAUUCGUUGAGGCCAUUGGCGUUUACGUGCGCCCCCUCUAGACUCUGAGAAGCAGCUUGGUUCCAGAUUCUGCUUCCAUUUCAUUCCCUACUAGUUUGUCACUAAAAUUGUCAGUGUGGUGUGUCUACCCUUCUACUUCAGUUGGUUGCUACUUGCUAAUAAAGUGGUCAAUGUGAUGUGUGCUUCCUCUGUCAUAAAUUUCGAUAAAUAAAGACCUCGACUCAUGCUCGUGGUA